AUGACCCAGCGGGAAACGAGGCCUGGGCAGCGCAGCAGCGAUGGGCGAUCGCCAGCAGGCGUCAAGCAGGUCGGCGGCACAGGCCGCUGCCAGGCGACGCGGGAAGCAGCGCGGGGCGAGGCCACCGUCGUCGGAGGGAACUUCCACGUUGCCAAAGAGAGGCGGCUGAACCUAACCGCUGGCGGAGCCGACGCGAGGGCUCACGGCGACGCCACGGAAGCCGAAGGAGCGGGGAGGGGCGAGACCGGCGGGGUCAGCCGUCGGCCACGCCGUGUGCAAGCGCCACGCGCUGAGCCAACGGCGCCGAGCGCCGGACACCGACGUGGGACUGGUGCCUGCUACCAUGGUAACCGCUACCGUGGUGCCCGCUACCAUGGUAACCGCUACCAUGGUAACCGCUACCGUGGUACCCGCUACCGUGGUACCCGCUACCGUGGUGCCCGCUACCGUGGUAACCGUUACCGUGGUGCCCGCUACCAUGGUAACCGCUACCGUGGUAACCGCUACCGUGGUGCCCGCUACCGUGGUGCCCGCUACCGUGGUGUCCGCUACCGUGGUACCCGCUACCGUGGUGCCCGAUACCGUGGUGCCCGCUACCGUGGUACCCGCUACCGUGGUACCCGCUACCGUGGUACCCGCUACCGUGGUGUCCGCUACCGUGGUGCCCGCUACCGUGGUGCCCGCUACCGUGGUACCCGCUACCGUGGUGCCCGCUACCGUGGUAACCGCUACCGUGGUGCCCGCUACCGUGGUGCCCGCUACCGUGGUACCCGCUCCCACAGUGCCCCAACGCCCAAGUCGCUACCCAAGUGCUUUGGUCCCCCUAAGCCGAAUCUCUCCUCCUCUCCUCCCUCGUAG